AUGACAUCCUCCGACCAAACCGGGGCGGCACUCGCCCGCGUCUUGGCCAAAUACGAAGAGGAACGACGGAAGAGAUUGCGACCAGAGGGUAUCGCGCAGUUUGCCGAUGUCGCCCGAACCGAUAAAUUCAAGCACUUUGCGAAAGACCCGUGGGCCACCAAGGAUAAUCCAUAUGUAUCGCAGAAGCCUCCAGUGUCCAAUGGAGACCAUGCGAGGGUGGUUAUUACAGGUGCUGGUUACGGCGCUCUGCUUAUCGCUGCCCGCCUCAUAGAAGAGGCUGGCUUUAAUUCUAAUGACUUUGUAUUUGUCGAUUCCGCUUGGGGUUUCGGUGGUACAUGGUACUGGAAUCGCUACCCAGGCUUGAUGUGUGAUUUUGAGUCAUCCUGUUAUAUGCCAUUGCUGGAGGAAAUGAGUUACGUCCCCAAGCAUAGAUACUCAUAUGGGCCGGAGCUCAGAGCUUACGCUGAGCUGGUUGCUGCAAAAUGGGGCUUUAACAAUAGAGCUCUGUUUGGUUCGACAAUCAAGGACACCACAUGGGAUGAUCAGAAAUCUGAAUGGGUUACCAGUAUUGCUCGGGAGACUCCAAAAGGUCCGCAAGAAAGUUUUAAGCUGCGUUCAGACUUCUUCAUACUGGCGUCUGGGUUACUCAACCCUGGUCAUGUGUUCCAUACCUCUCGUUGGGACUACGAGUACACAGGCGGAACCCCCGAGAACUGGAACCUCGAUAAACUAAAAGGGAAGAAGGUCGCUUUUAUUGGAACAGGCGCUACAGGGAUCCAGGUCAUUCCUCAAUUGGCGCAUUGGGCCGAUCAGCUAUAUGUUUUCCAAAGAACACCGUCUGCAGUUGACGUGCGUGGCCAACGGCCUAUCAAGCCAGAAGAGUUUCUCAAAGAAGUCACCGUCGGAAAAGGGUGGCAAAAGGAAAGGAGAGAAAAUAUGGCUGCCUUUUUGAGCAAUGGGCCGAAACUUCCCGCUAAGAAGCUUGUCGAUGAUGGAUGGACAAAUUUCCCCUCCUUUUCUGGGAUGGUCGACUCGCCUAGGGCGGAAGAUGUGACGAUGGAAAAUGUCGAGGAGUAUAUCACUGGACUGCAUGUUCUCGAUUUCCCACGCCAGGAGAGAAUCCGAGCUCGCGUAAGUGAGAUAGUUAAGGACACGGUUACCGCUGAAGCACUUAAGCCGUGGUAUCCUGGCUGGUGUAAACGCCCUUGCUUCCACGAUGACUAUUUGGACGCCUUUAACUAUCCCAACGUCAAGCUAGUUGACACUGAUGGCAAAGGCGUGAAUGGUUCCUCUGAGACAGCUGUUCUGAUCGACGGCCAGGAAAUCGAGGUCGAUGUUGUCAUCCUCGGUACCGGCUUCGAGUCUUUCACCGUGGGCAGCCCGGCUUAUCGAGCUGGCAUAUCCAUCACUGGACACAAUGGGCUCUCUUUAGACGAGAAGUGGACCAAAGUGGGCGCGUCAACGCUGCACGGCAUCUUCUCAAGAGGCUUCCCUAAUCUGCUCCUCACUGGUGUUAGCCAGACUGGCGCUACGGUCAAUGUUAUCCACGCUAUUGACGUACUCGCACAACACGCCGGUCAAAUCAUCGCCGCACUUCAAUCAAAACUCACCGGCAGCGAUAAAACUAGCAAUUCGAAGAUAAUCAUUGAGCCUACCGCACAGGCUGAAGAAGCCUGGGCUCUCCAAAUUUUAGCUCGCGCCUUUGCCUUUGCUGGUAUGCCAGGAUGCACGCCAAGUUACGGCAACGCGGAGGGCGCUCAACCAAAAUCUCAGGAAGAACAGAUCAUCGCAACAAGACUAGCUCCGUGGGGCAUGGGGAUUAACGAUUACACUAAAGUCGUCAGUGAAUGGGAAGCUAAGGGUGAUCUAAACGAGCUCGACGCCCAAAUAAUAAAGGCGUAA